GUGUUUCACUUGCGCUUUUGCCGGGAUGACCGUCAAGCUCUACGAAGAAUCGUCGCGCUACGACCCGUGGUGCUCGCCAAUCGAGCGCCGCUCCGAACUCUCGGCGCCGGACGACCCGCCAUCCGACCCGUUCGUGCUCUUGCCCGCGCGCCGCCGGUCUGUCGCCGCGACCGCCGGCUAUGUCCUCCUCUUCCUCUUUUCGCUGUGGCUCUUUAUGGUCUCGGUGCGAUGGCUCUCGGACGGCUUCAUGCUUCUCGUUGCGUGCAGGGCCACGGCCGUCUUUGAGUUCUCCAACCACUCGCUCGUCGGCUUGAUGAUCGGCGUCGUCGCCGCCGCGCUCCUCCACUCGUCGAGCGCCGUUGUCUGCAUCACCGUGGCGUCCGUCGGCGCCAACAUCCUCAGCCUCCGCAAGUCGAUCCCGAUCAUCAUGGGCGCCAACCUCGGGACGUGCGUCACGUGCAUCCUCGUAGCCUUUGCCCAGGUCCACGACCGGUCGCAGUUCCAGCGCGCGAUCGCCGCGGCCACCGUCCACGACAUGUACAACUUUUGGUCCAUCGUCGUCCUCUUCCCGCUCGAAGUCGCUUUCCAUCCGCUCGAGCUGCUCUCGGUCGCCAUCACGGGCAAAUCCGGGCAGAUCGCACUUGCGUCGCCCGCCGAUGCGCUCGUGGACCCGAUGGCCAACGUCUGGGCCAGCGUCAACCACACGCUGCUGCAAGACGUCGCGGCGAGAGACAGCGACGACUGCCGCGUCGCCCGCUUUGUCCUCGGCGGCGCCAUGCACGAUGUCUCCAACACCAGUGCCGGCGCACUCACGCUCGUGCUCGGGCUCAUCGUGCUCGUGCUCGCGCUCGUCGGGAUGGUGUUUGCGAUGACGCACCUCUUCCGCAACGCGACGGCCGCCGUGAUCCGCCGCGUCCUUGGCUGGAACGCCUAUGGCAACAUUGUGAUUGGCAUCAUCUUGACGUUCUUCCUGCACUCGUCGACGGCGAUGACGUCGACGCUGACGCCGCUCGCCGGUCUCAACGUCAUUUCGCUGAGCCAAGUGUACCCGCUCGUGCUCGGCGCCAACCUCGGAUCGACCAUCUCGGGCCUCCUCGCUGCCGCCGUCACGGGCAAGAAGGAGGCCGGCAACGUCGCGCUCGUCAACAUCCUCUUCAACGUGGCGGGCGUCCUCCUCUUCUACGUCGUUCCGCGCACGCGCCGCCCGGUGCUGGGCUGCGCCGAGGCUAUUGGCGCCUACAGCGCGCAGUGGCCGACGGCGGCGAUCGUCUUCAUCGGCGCCACCUACGUGCUCCUGCCCGGCUUCGUCAUCGCCCUCGUCUUCCUCUACGACGCCGGCGUCGCAGGGCUCGUGCUGGGCAUUCUCCUGACGCUCGGUCUCUUUCUAUGCGCUGCCAGCUUUUACCGCUGGUACGUCGUCUUUGGCGGCCGCGCGCGCUGGCACAACUUCCUCGCCGCCAAGGCCGCCGCGCACGAGCACGAGCGCCGGGCUGCCGACGCCGUUUUCCUCGAGCCCAACGCGUAGCUCUUGCAUGCUAGCUCCAUCGCUGUAUGAAUCCCAUCCAUAAUAUGUAGCCACGCGUCUAUCUCUAA